AUGCCCGUGCUCAUGGUGCCUCGGCCGAGCCGCGUGUGCGAGCGCGGCUGCGGGGCCGGGCGAGGCUCUGAGAGCGCCGGGGCCGCCCCGCGCCGACAGCGAGGGGCCGGGGCCGCCCGGGGCCGCCAAUCCCCGCAGCUGAGCCCGCCCCGCGCCCGCCCCCGGCCCCGCCGGGCACGGCGGCACCGAGCACCGGAGCGACCCCAGCCCGGCCCCGCCGGGCACGGCGGCACCGAGCACCGGAGCGACCCCAGCCCGGCCCCGCCGGGCACGGCGGCACCGAGCACCGGAGCGACCCCGGCCCGGAGCACCGGAGCGACCCCAGCCCAGCCUCGCCGGGCCACGGAGCGACCCCCGCCCAGCCCCGCCGGUGACAGCGGGCCGGGGGCUGCCGGGGCCGGGCAGGGUAACCCACCGGCCGGAGCAUCGGCGCGACCCCCCAGCCCCUCGGUGUGCCAGCCCGGCCACCCGGAGCGACCCCCCAGCCCCUCGGUGUGCCAGCCGGGCCACCCGGAGCGACCCCCCAGCCCCUCGGUGUGCCAGCCGGGCCACCCGGAGCGACCCCCCAGCCCCUCGGUGUGCCAGCCCGGCCACCCGGAGCGACCCCCCAGCCCCUCGGUGUGCCAGCCCGGCCACCCGGAGCGACCCCCAGCCCCGCCGUGUGCCGGCGCAGCCCCGGGCCCGGAGGAUGUGCAGCACUAA